CAGCGCCGAGGCUAUCGAGAGCAUCCGGAGGUCCGUGCCAGCCGUGGACGCGGAGGGUAUGACGCCGCGGCAACGGGCCGUCUACGCGUACGCGGCCGAGCUCCACGGGCGCCGGCGCGUUGGCGAGGGCACCCACGCCGCGGCGCUGGCCGCUGUGGGAGGGGAACGCGCCCUGGUAGACCUCGUGCUGACUAUGGGGGUGUACUCGCAGAUCUCCAUGCAGCUCAACGCCUUCGCCGUGCCGCUGCCGCCGGGGGAAACGCCCCAUCUAGCCGCCAGCGCCCUCCACUGGAUGAUGAUGAUGAUGAUGAUGACUAUUGAUUCGACUCAAUCUGACAUGCUGUUACGAUCAGCCGAUGUGCACCGCGUCCCACUUCUUGCAGCGGAGAGGAAAAGAAUCGCGGGUCGGGGUCUGUUUGGGGUCGGAUGUUGACUGGCCGCGGCGGGGUGUGCUUAUGUGAGAGCGUCGGAUUAGAAGGUUAGGAUCAUGGUCAGGGUUGGGUUCGGGUUGGGGUUCGGGUCUCGCCCCGCUCGUCUCUCGCCCUGGCGCCGCGCCCGCUCGCUCGCUGACCUCGCCUACAGCCCGCCCCGACGCCGCCCCGACGCCGCCGCGCCGCCAGCCGUCGUCGCAGGAGGCGCCGCCCUUCCCCGAGCCGCCCGCCGAGUGAGGGUGACCUCGCGAAUGGCCGCGGGCCGACCGGGGGUCCCCGCCGGCGGUCGCGCACCAGUGCGCCGUGCUUGGGAAAGGGGCUCUCGCUUGGGUGUCGUCGCG